CUAGAAAGUAAAGCUAAUUAUUUUUAAAUGUAUGGUUGGUUAGGUUUCUUAGCUACAAUAAUAUUAUUUAUGUAAAACGUAAUUUAUACUUUUUGGGUGAGAAAAUUAAUGCAGGUUAAAGUUGCACGCAUAUAUUGUGUCGUGUAUGAAAUGCUCGGGAAAGGAAAUAAUUUUCAAGGAGACUUGGGCAGAUUAGUGCACUGAGUAGAGUAAAAUGGGAUGGUGGUAAAUUUUAAGGUUAGCUACUUUUUCUCAAAAUAUAUGUAUAAAAUUCUGUAAAUAAUAAGGGUCUCGGCUUAUUCGUAAUAAAACAUUAUAUAAUUUCACAGGAUCAGGUUGCAGCUAGUAUCAACUAAACAGUUGGGCAGCAUCAACAAUCAGGCCAAUCUCAAGUGGAAAACAGUUUUGGCUUUGCUAAUAAAACACAACAUUAUAACCACGUCACUGCAAAAGCCACCUACAGUAAUCUAUAAAUGCAGUAGCAGACAACGAUGGCAACAGACAGCAAGCCACACCCUGAAAUGUCUGUCGCCUCCGAGGAGUUGGUGUGUUUCGUGUGCGGCGUACCGGUCAGCGGCAAGUUCUAUCCCCUGGCCACAUGCCGCCUGCUCUGCACCAAGACUCCCAUCAUUGAGAAGAUGAGCCAGCUGGUUGGGGAAAGCUACGUGGUGGUGAUCACGGAAGACGACGUGAUAUGCCGCAGCUGUGCCAACCUGCUCAACACGCUGGACCGCCUGGAAGUGGAGCUGGGGUCGGUGAGGAGCGUCGUGCUGCGGUUCCUCGAGCGCAAGUACGAGCUGUCGGACGGCGAGCUCGUCAACAGCAAGCCGGUGGAGGUCGGCCAGCCGCCCCAGAUAACCCCAGGCCAGGGAAAGUUGGAGCAAUAUGCUAAGAAGGAGAAUUUCAUGGCUCGGAAGCGGAGGCAAGCACUCGACGAAAUCAAAAAAGAAAACGGAUCUGCCGAUGGCACGAAGCACAAAGGCGGGCCGAAGAACCCGAGCUCGCUGCUGCAGUGCGACAAGUGCAAGUACACGACCAGCUACAACGCCUUCAUGAUCCACCACAUCCGCCAGCACGUGAAGCCAAAGACUGCCUGCGACUUCUGCGGGAUGGACAUUGAGCGCCCGGGCGGCACCUGCCCCCAGAAGUGCACAGAGGGCGCAGGCGAGCAGGCGGUCGCGGACGUGACCGUCGAAGCGUCCGGUGCCGACCAGCCCGCCGCCGCGCUGUGCGCCGUGCCAGACGGCCCGGUGGCGAGACAGACGCAGCUGAUGGAAGUCCAGAAGAUGGAGGACGAGGACAGCAAUGCGGUUUACGUGCAGGUGGUGGACGUGGGGAAAGGGAAUGGGACGGACGACGGUGGGAACUUGCGCAAACAGGUGCUGACCGUAGCCGACGACGGGACUGUGGAAAUGGUCGAGGUGUUGUGGGAUGAGAUGAUAACGCCAGAUGUUGAAGGAGAACAACACUAUUUACAACAGUAGUCGGGCAAGUAAGCCUUUAGUGCUUAAUUUUGAAAUAUGUUAGAAGAUAUUAUUUAAAUUGAUUUGUUUCAAGGUGUCUCCAUGGAAACGGGAAAGGAUGUAUAUUUUUUUGUAGUUAUUCUGGAACUAGGCAGGCAUAUAUUUUGCGGUAAUAAAUUUGAACAAAAAAAGGUUCAUUUUAAGAAGUUGCCAUGUAAUACUGUACUUCUAAACUUGACCUGUUGUUAUAACGUAAUAUAACGAUUAAGAAUUUUCCUGGCUAACAAGUAAAAAAUUAUGUCAAUUGAGAAACUUAAAUUUCCUGGCUAACAAGUAAGUCAAUUGAGAAACUUGAAAGAUUUUUUUUAUUAUAAUAAUGUAUAUCUAUAGUAUAGUAUAUAUUUUAGUGAAUACAGGGUGUACUUUUUUUUUUUUUAAGAAUAGGUUAAAAUUUAUUUUUAGAUUUAAUCUUGUGUGUAGUAAUUUUAGAUUAAGUUCAUUGCUGGAUGAUUAACAAAAUAUUUUACUUUGAUCCCCACACAAACUCAACUUUAUUACUAUACAGAAGCCCAACAUAAAACUUUGAUCAUAUUGGUGACUGUGGCGUUAAAUCUAUGCAAGUUUCAACCUAUAUUAUUCUAAGAGGAGAAUAAGUGCAAAAGUCCCAUUUGAAACAUUCCCACCCUUCUAUAGCAAUACUUCCUGUUUCUGACAUUCUCCAGUAAAAACAGAUGUGUUCUUUGGAAGAAUUGUGGACUUCGAAGGGUAGCAAUGAGCAAAAGUGAUUUUUAAUGUAUUUGCAAAAGUUAAAUUUUUAAUUCAAUUAUGUACUUACAUGUACUUAUUUUUUGCGCGCGCGCGUGUGAGUGUGAUAGUAAUAUGCUAGAACCCUGAUAUCAUUAACCCCGGAUUUUACGAAUACAUUCUCAGGAACCGUUGAAAAAUCAGAAAUGUUGACACCAAAACUUAAAUACACCCACCCCUUAAAGUAAUGCUGUUCGAUUAGUGCAGUUUCGAAGUACUGUGCCAAUAAAUUAUGGCAUGAUUCGAAGCGCUGUUUUUUUUUACGUGAAUUUUUAUUCCUGUGCACGCACAAGCAAUGGCACUUGUGUUUCAUUAAAUACAUUGCUAUGAAUUAAUAAUGUGACAAAUCAACAAACAAUGUUUUGCUCUUAAUAGCCAUUUGCUUCCUUUAUUGUGUAUUUAUCUCUAAUGACGCCCACAGCUUUCAGGGCUGGUUUACUAGGAUGUGCUAGUGGCAUAUCAUGGCACUCAUUUAGUAAAUGGUGUCGAAUUAUAUUAGAAGGUAAAACGAAAUUUUUAAUCAUAGAAAAUGUUAAAUUUCUGCUUUUUAAAUUAUUAUUACAAGUGAAAUAUAUAUUAACAUUAUUAUUCUGUAACUCAGAAAUGUUGUAAGCACUUAGGAGUGCUAGGCCCAAGCCCUAUCAUUAGGGACAUGCAAAUUUCGCAUUUACGAUAAAACGAAUCUUUACGCGAAAUUUGUAAGUUUAACACGAAUAACCUCACUUUUACAUAAUUUCUGAUACCGCGAAUUUUUUGUGCUAAAUACGUCUGUUUACCACGAAUAACCACACUUUCCCGCCGUUUGGUAACUUAAAAAAAAGUAAAUAAACAGCCGUUGUCACCACUGAUAACACCAUCAACGUAAAGACUACACUUGCCAAUGUUUACGUUUUAUUAUUUAUUUGAUACGACGCGUUCUUGGCGAACUGCACUCGUGCACUAAUACGCUCACGUUUUCUCGAAGGCACGUUUACAGAGUCAAAGAGUAAUGUACGGCCAUUUUGUUGGAUAUUUUGUGCAUUACAGCGCUUGUGUCGCGAAGCAAAUUAUAAAUUACGCUCAACUGUUCAUCUUGCAUCUACUAUGGACUAUGCAAACUGUUUUAAUUUGUUUUCUGAUACUGUAAACAGACUUAACAAUUACGUUUUAUUUUUAAGAAUGAUAAUUUUCGUUUAAAAAUGUUGUAUACAGUGCAACUAUUUUAUAAAAACUGUAGUUUGUGAUAGAAAACGUCUUCAUAUUUCUCAGCAGAAGUUCGAAAGUGUAAAAUAUGCCGAAACCUCAAGCAAUCACCAAACUUCGUGAGCACGAAUUUCGUGAUCGUGGGUUAUAUGCGAGGGUAAAUAUGUAGUUGGGCGAUAUGUGUUAAAAAAACUUUUUUUAAAUCCGAAAAUACUUUAAUAACGAGGCUAGAAGGCUUGAGAUACCCAAAUGCUAAUAUUUUGCAUGGCGAGCUUACCAAGAUGCAAUGCAACUUUGAAAACAUGAAGCAGUGCAUUUUUUUGACAAAACAAAACCAGUUUUGGACCACAUGAACACCACGAAAGCAGCUGCUGUGAAAAUAAGUGUAGUGCAAGUGUCUACAAAAUCUCUGGUGAAGCUUACCAGCUUGAUGGCUACAGAUCCAAGCAGACUUGACUUUGAAAACCCUUAACUGCCUUUGAUCCAAAAAAAUAUUUUGAUUACAGACAUGAUCCCUAUUUUGCUUGCUAAGUUGUGUAACGUUUCUACUCUGAAAGAAAUGGACCGCCAGGAGCUGAUCACCGGUUUUGGAGAGUUGAAGCAGAUAGUUGAGAAACAAAUGAAGGAAAGUAGUGUGGAUGUAGUGAAGGCACUUCAAGUUGUAAAACUUUCACAACCUGAAUUUUCUGACAGGUGCCUAGAAGCAGUGUGGAUGUUGUGUGCAAACGUUGAUUCGGAACGCUUCUUGUUACAAUAUAAUAAUGUUCUCACUGACAAGAGAACUAAUUUGAAAUAAGAAAAUUUAGCUACAAUGGCUAUUAUUUCAUUUGAAAGUUAAACGUUGUGUCAAAGUACUUUGCUUCUGAAAUUAUUGGGUUGACUUAAUUUAGAAUCUGAAUUCUUAAACUUGUGUCUUUUUAACCUAUAUUUGUGUAAUUUUAAUUUAUAAUGUUUCAACUGAUGGUGCAAUUAUAUUACAAUGUUCUCUUCAUAUUUCUUACACUUGAAAUCGCAAAAAUUCAAAAAAAAAAAAAAACCGCUUUUAGGUAAAAAUAACACCGAUUUUAAGGGAAAAUAACACCAAUUUUCAUCACAAAAUAAACACACCUUUUGCAUGUCUCUACCUAUCAUGUAAACAAUGUGUGUGGUAUGUACAUGAAUAUUUAAAUUUUAUUUUAGGUUGUGUGAUUUCAAAAUGUUGCUCAACAUUUAUUUUUAUGUGUUUAGACCCAUGUAUUACUGGGAGCAGUGUCUUGAUUAAAAUGGUAGUCAGCAGGCACACUUAUCUGAUUAGAAAAUGAAUUAUUUGGCACUCUUAUCAGAAAAACAUAUUUGAUUAGCACACUGUUUUCUUGGGACUAAUUAGAGCGUUACUUUUAGGGGCAGGUGUAAUUAGAAAUUUUUUAAAAAAAUCACAGUGAAAGUAUAUAAAAAGGUUAUUUUUUAAUGAACAGCAUAUAUUUUGUGUAAGUUUUAAUUAGUGGUGCACCGAUGCGGAUACCGAUGAAUCGUAAUCGGCGAUUAUGGUUACUUUCCGAUUAAUCGUAAUCAGCGAUUAUCUUAACGAUUACUUUGCCGAUUAUCUACGUCCCGGCGUAACUAAGUAGGUUUUUGCGGUGUAAUAUUUUGUUACACAUUUUAGGACGAAAUACGGUAAUAUUUGUAUAUAUUACAAAAUCAAUCCAACUCCGUCAUAUCAUUACAGAUAUUUCGUUAAGUUUAAUAAAUCUCUGCCUCGAACAAUAACAAAUACAUUUUUCCUACACGUUUAUUUACGUUUCGUCUUUUGUUUAGUGGCCUUGUACAUCACCUAUAGCCAGAGACGUAAAAUACCACAAGCAGUUGCAGUGGACUCUUAUGACAAUCGAUCUUUUCGAAUCGUAGUAGCGGUUCAAACUCGUGGUCCCGAUACCUUCUAGAGCUUAUCACUGGGUUUUACAAACUCGUUAUGGGUGUCUUUGGUAACAUUAUCCGUUGUGUUAUUUGUAUGUGACGUGAAAAGUGAAAAAGUAUUUAUAAUUUUAUAUAUUCAGUCAACAUAAAUAAAAUCACAUGUGCUAGAAUUGGUUUUGAGUCAUUUUAUAUAAUUAUAGUGAGAUGGCGAGUAGGGAGAAAAAAAGUGAAGUGUGGAAACAUUUUUCUAUAAACUCAAGUGAACAAAAUAAAGCAACAUGUCUACAUUGUUAAACUGUAAUUUCUCGAUGCAACCUUAUGUGAUAGUCAAUAAUAAUGCUAGUUUUCCGCAACAAAAACUUACCCAUUGUAAAUUACAAUUAUUAGACUGUAGUUCACGUUUACAAUAACAAACAUAAAUAGAAGUUAAUUUAAUUUACACUUUGGAAUGACUUAAUAGCGUAUUUUAUAUAUUUUUAUACUGUUAUUAUAACUGUAUUCUCAAUUUUACCUAAUCUUGUUAUUAAAUUCACAUGGGGAAAAAAUUGUUUGUGUGCAUUAUUAAACUUUAAAAAAUUUGUUCAUUAUAAUCGGUAACUGAAUCGGUAUCUGCCGAUUAUUACUCUCGUAAUCGGUAAUCGGUAGUCAUAUCGGUGCACCACUAGUUUUAAUACUCUUAAUUAUAUUCCUGUAAAAAAAAAUCCUGUUUUAAUGUACUGCAGCGGUAGCUUCUGAGACGUAAGUGGGCAUGCGCUGGCUAGCCUGGCAGCAUCAUGACGUCUGGCUUACUCCUACCUCUCCUGGUUAACAUUCUUCAAGCUCAUCCCUCACAGACACAAGCCACCUUGUCUUCACCUCUCAACACUCCAACAUUCCCUCCCCCCCUUAUGACCCGCGUGAGAAACGUUCAACAUCCUCUCUGCUUACCAAUAACCUGCGAUCAAAGCCAAAACACCAAGCAGUGUGUACUGUUCAUUCCAAAUAAAAUGAUUUUACAAACGCAACCCGUAGAACCUGAACAUAUGAAUUCGGGUUCCAGUGUAUAUCCUAAGAUAUGGUUAAAAAAUUUAUUUGCACAAAUGAAUGCAAGACCAUGAUACUUCUGGACUCUGUCAAAACAGUUUUGUUGAUAUGCGCACACACUGCAUCCAAUCAGAGUCACUUAGCUGCUCUAACUUUGCCUAUGCACGGAAGGCACAGUUUCUAUUGCCUGCCACAAACAGGAAUCUUAACAAUGAUUUUGAAUGUGUGGGAAGAGGUUAAAUAAUUUCACUGCUUUGGGCAAGUGCCAUUUAAAUAAAUUUGUAUAUACAUCCAAUAUUUACUCCAUUAUUUUUCUAAGUGUUGAAAAAAAUUAAGAAAAUAAUAAUUCUGAUUUUACAUCUACAAAUACAUUUAAUAAAAUGCAGACUUCAAACUUUAGCUCCACAAACUUAACCAAGUAUUUCCUUGAAUGUGGUCCCAUCAUAUCCAACGUCCUUUGAAGCUGCAUCUAUGAAGUUUAUGUAGACCCUGCAAAUGAAAUAUAGGGACAUUAGCAGAGUAUUUUAAAGAAGAGUGAUGCUUUGGAAUUAUUAAACAUUGUAAAUAUACAUUAAACUAUGAAGCUGUCAGGUCAAAUAAUACAUACUGUUUUAUAGCUGUAAGGUCAAAUAAUACAUAUGUAACUCAGUUUUAUAAUUUUUAUCAAUUUAUACAUUACAUUUUCAGCAGAAAAAAUUAUACACAUAAUUUGACCUUAAAAAUAACAUAAAUAAAUUUAAGUUUUUUAUGGGUUCUUAUCAAAUGCAUUAAGUUGAGUCAGGAAUUGAACUCGGUUACUUCCCUAUGCGAGUUCAGUAUUUUACGGAAGAGCCACCUUACUAGGUAAGAAGUAGAUUAAAUACAUGCUUACUGUAAUAUAUGUGCAUGUUAUAAAUUCUGGUUUACAGACUUAAGCAUAAAAAUGAGUAAAUUAUUACAGUAAUAAGAAUACAUGGUAUCUUUAUUAGAAAACAAAUUUGGUCUUGGCUAUUAUCUUAAUUAGGUACUACAUACAUGUAUUUCAAAACCACUAUACACCAUGCAACAUGCUAAGUAUUUCAUUUUUCUGAACAUUACACUUUAAUAUUUCUUACCCCUACAAACAGUUUGGUGUAACCAUAGUUGCCAGUGAAGUAAUGAAAGGUAAUUUGCAGUGGUGUUGAUAAUAUGUUGGAAUUUAUUAAAAGUACCUUCUAUUUUAAGUUAUAAAAAAUAUGUAAUGUAUAAAUUUUUUUUAAUGAAGGUAGUGCUAAUAUAAAUAAAAAAGCACACAAGUCAUAUUUGGUUCUUUUAAAAUCUAAUAUGUUUAUAGACUUUUAUGUCCUUUAAUUAUUUUGUUUAUGUACAGUGAAAAUUGUAUGCAAAUGAUUAUUUCUGACAUUAAGUAUUGUUGAGUGA